AUGAUUAGCACAAAGACACGUUUUGUGCAUAAUGAAAAGAAACUUGAUGAAUUUGGUACCAUAUUGAGAAAUUUACAAGCAUCGAUCAAAUCUCUGGAUAACCAAGUGGGACAACUUGCUCGUGGACAAUCUGAACGAUCCUCGGGGAGUUUGCCAAGAAACACCAAAAUCAACCCAAGGGAACAAUUAAAAGCCGUUACUUUGAGAAGUGGCAGACAGUUGGAAGCAAGGGAAAGAGGGAUCCCAAGUGCUUCCAAUGAUGGGGUAGCCGUCCAGGAAGGCCCUAAUUUGAGUGACGAUGCAAGCAAGGAGAAUGGGAGGAAAACUGUUGAAGACUCCCCUAAUUCUAACAUUUCAAAGGGUCAUGAAUACAAGCCAGUGAAGUAUGCCAAAUUUUUAAAGCUGCUUGUCACCAAUAAGAAAAAGUUAGAGGAACAAGGCACAGUUGCACUUACUAGGAACUACUCGGCCAUUCCAGAGAAAAAGAUGCUACAAAAGAUAAAGGAUCCUGGUAGUUUUGUAAUUCCUUGUGUAAUUGGUGAAGGGAUGACGGAGCAUGCUCUAGCCGAUGAUGGGGCUAGCCUAAACGUAAUGCCAUACAACUUGUUCUUGAAGCUGGAAUUAGAAGACCUAAGACCUACACGAAUGACGUUACAACUUCCAGAUAGGUCAGUGCGAAGACCUCGGGGGGUAGUCGAAGAUGUCCUUGUCAGAGUUGACAAACUCAUUUUUCCUAUAGAUUUCGUGAUUCUAGAUGUGGAUGAUAAUGUUGAGGUUCCCCUGAUUAUAGGACGCCAAUUCCUUAACAUUUCAGGUGCUUUAAUUGAUGUCAAAGAGGGAAAGAUGACCUUGAGGGUUGGAGACGAGCAAGUGGUCUUCACCCUCCCUGAGGAGUUGCUUGCCUUAAAUCCUUUGGAUGAGUACUUGAAUGAGUUAGUGUGCCAAGAUGCUGAGGAAGAACUCUCUCAUCCACCAACACAGCAAAUUAAUCAAGUGGAGGGUAAUUCAUCACAUAAUGGCAAGAAAAUUAUGGGUGUUAAGAAGAUGUGGAGAAAAUCAAAGGAGAAACAAAAAGAGAAUAGAAAGAUAUCCACAUUGCCACCGGACGAGGUUGAUCAUUUAUUCUUUGGAAAUCGUGGUAAAUUUAAAGUUUUCUCAUGUCUUUCAUUGAAUUUUCCAAGUGGCAACACGGCCCCUAACGCUCGAGGUAACUUCCCUUCCUUUGUUCCACCAUGA